AUGUAUAUUUUCAAUUGUCUGUAUUUUUUUUGUCUUUCAUCUGUUGUCCAUUUGUACAUCGAAGUUCAAUCAUUGAUAGUUUUUUUUUCUUUGUUUGCGAUUAUCAAAUCCGGACUUGGGUCAGCAUUUUUCAACCAAAUAAUCCGAUUUCUUUCUCAUUGUCUAUCUAUCUCGCCCGAUAUCUCUUCUUUAAAACUUAUUUUAUUUGUUUAUUUCUCAAAUUUUAUUUUAUCUUUUUCUCGUUUUCGCCCUCUCGCGCGCUUUUUUUUUCUCUUUCUCUGUAUUUUUUUCUUUUCUUCUCCUUCAUUAACUCUUCUUUUUCUUUUUCAAUGCAUCUCUUUCUCACUUUGUCUACGUCUUUCUAACCGUUUUUCUCUCUCUUUCUUCUUUCUUUUGUAUCUAUUCUCUUUAGAUGAUAGAUCUUUGCCGCUUUUUUUGCCUCUUUCUAUCUCCUCUCUCCUAUUUUCCUUUCUUCUCUAUUCAUCUCUCUCCCUCUUGUCUACGCACCCCAACUUUCCCUCUAUACCCAUUUAUCAAAUUAAAAUCAGGGAAUUUUUACAGGUGCUUUACCAAAUAGAAUCACAUGCAGCGCUGGCUUUUAAUUUAUUUCCUUUCUUCGUGAACUGA